AUGGAGAAGAAACAAACAAUUAAAGGAGUCGAGAGGCCCGGGGAGACUGAUGAGACCGAGUCAGCCAUGGAGCAGUUAGUUGUGGAGGCCCCCCGACAGAAGGAAGAGGGUAGAAUCAUCGAGGAAGAUAGGCGAGAGGAAUGCCCUCAGAAGAAGGAAGAAGAACACAUCAAUGCCCAAAUAAGAGAAUUGACAAAAAUAAUAGUUGGGAUGGAGGCUGUUACCAAAUUUAUUGAAGAGAUUAAGAUAGACAGUCUCAUCUCGGCGGCCAUCCUAAAAGCAAAGAGGGAAAACGAACAGGAAAUAAAACAAGGUGAUGCAAUGAAUCAAGGGAUAGGAGAGGACGCGAGAGUGGCAGAAAAGAGUACGCUGGUGACAAGAUGUAUGCCGGUCCCCAUGGCCCACAGAAAUAAGAAUAUUAGGAUUGCCAGGGGAAGAAACUUUGUCACAUCUGAUGUCGACUCGGAGGAAGAGGAGUUACUUCCUGGAAUGAACGUCGAAUCGCAGAAGAAGGAUUUAAUAGAUGUAAGGGAGGGUAGGAGGGCGGAUGACCAGUAG